CAGCAGCUGAUACCGACAACCAGCUGCAAUGACCGCAACUGCCCCGCCCGAGGGCUUUCACCAAGGCGCGCGAUGUUUGGCGUUUCAUGGGCCACUGCUUUACGAGUCUAAGAUACUGAAGGUGUAUUUGCCUGGCCAGAAGAACGAGGAGAUUGAGGUCGAUGAGAUCCCCGAGGAGCUACGCGACGCGAUUGCCUAUCUGAUACAUUACAAGGGCUGGAAGUCUUCGUGGGACGAAUGGCUACCGCAGCAGCGCGUCCUUCGCUGGACAGAAGAAAACCUGCGUCUUCAAAAAGAGCUCAAAAACGAAGCUCUGCAACAACUUCGCUCGAAAAAAGCAAACGGGGGGAGCGAGAGCUCGCCUGCACCAGCUGGGUCUGCUGAUGCGUCGGGAGGCUCAGCUGUCGCGGCUGCUCCGUCUUCGUCGUCAGCGGCGGGAUCGGGUUCACAUAAGCGGAAGGGCGAUGCGAAGGAGCAUGGGGAAGCGAGGUCGCUAAAGAAGACAAGACGCGACGCUGAUGACAAGGAGGACCGGUUUCUAUCACAGCUGGAUGUCAAUAUUUCAAUACCUGAUGUGUUGAUGGCUCAGUUAGUAGAUGAUUGGGAAUACGUGACAAAAAACUCACAGCUGGUGGAUUUACCCCGCAAACCCACAGUCAAAGACAUCAUUCUCGACUUUAAAACAAACUAUUCAAAACGCAGACUGUCAAACGCCGAGGCCGAGAUCCUGGAUGAGAUCGUCGAGGGUAUCCAGCUCUACUUUGACAAAUGCCUGGGGUCGAUAUUACUCUACAGAUUCGAGCGGCAGCAGUACUUGGAGAUCUCGACCAAGAACCCUGAUAAGUUGCCGCGAGAGAUUUAUGGCGCUGAACAUCUUUUGCGCUUGUUUGUGUCUCUCCCUGGAUUGCUACUACAUACACAUAUGGACCAGCAGAGCUUAAACGUUCUCAAAGCCCAUGUGGAAGAGCUACUCAAGUAUGUUAUUCUUCCUAUUCUUGUCGGGCAGACACUAAUCAGAUACAAAUAGACACCUGGCUAGGAACAGGAAAACGUUGUUUAUGGAGUCGUAUAUCAAUUCCACGCCGGCAUACGACGCUAGCUCGAGGGGACUAUGAGCUCGCAACAUAUACGUGUACAAUAUCUAAACUGGUU